AUGCUGAGCCAGCCGCUUCUUCGCCUAGCGUCCGCCGUCAGCCGCAGGAGGAUGAAGCUGCUGCUGGGCAUCGCGCUGCUCGCCUACGUGGCCUCUGUUUGGGGCAACUUGGUUAACAUGAGGUCCAUCCAGGAAAACGGGGAGCUGAGAAUUGAGAGCAGGAUUGAAGAGAUCAUUGAACCACUAAGGGAGAAAAUCAGAGAUUUGGAAAAGAGCUUCACCCAGAAAUACCCGCCAGUAAAAUUUUUAUCAGAAAAGGACCGUAAAAGAAUUUUGGUAACCGGGGGUGCAGGCUUUGUGGGUUCCCACCUCACAGACAAACUCAUGAUGGACGGUCACGAAGUGACCGUGGUGGACAACUUCUUCACUGGCAGGAAGAGGAACGUGGAGCACUGGAUCGGCCACGAGAACUUCGAGCUGAUCAACCACGACGUGGUGGAGCCACUGUACAUCGAGGUGGACCAGAUCUACCACCUGGCCUCUCCUGCCUCGCCUCCCAACUACAUGUACAAUCCCAUCAAGACAUUGAAGACCAACACCAUCGGAACACUAAACAUGCUGGGGCUGGCAAAGCGAGUUGGGGCCCGUCUCCUCCUGGCCUCCACCUCAGAGGUGUACGGAGACCCUGAAGUCCACCCACAAACCGAGGAUUACUGGGGCCACGUGAAUCCCAUAGGACCCCGAGCCUGCUAUGAUGAAGGGAAGCGAGUCGCCGAGACCAUGUGCUAUGCCUACAUGAAGCAGGAGGGUGUGGAGGUGCGCGUGGCCAGGAUCUUCAACACCUUCGGUCCCCGAAUGCACAUGAACGAUGGCCGGGUGGUCAGCAACUUCAUCCUGCAGGCGCUGCAGGGGGAGCCGCUCACGGUGUACGGAUCCGGAUCGCAGACGAGGGCCUUCCAGUAUGUCAGCGACCUGGUGAAUGGCCUUGUGGCACUCAUGAACAGCAAUGUCAGCAGCCCCGUCAACCUGGGGAACCCGGAAGAACACACCAUCCUAGAAUUUGCUCAGCUCAUCAAAAACCUCGUUGGUGAUGGGAGUGAAAUUCAGUUCCUUUCUGAAGCCCAGGACGACCCCCAGAAAAGGAAACCAGACAUCAAGAAAGCAAAGCUGAUGCUGGGGUGGGAGCCAGUGGUCCCGCUGGAGGAAGGGUUAAACAAAGCCAUCCACUACUUCCGGAAAGAACUCGAGUACCAGGCAAAUAACCAGUACAUCCCCAAACCAAAGCCGGCAAGGAUAAAAAAAGGACGGACACGCCAUAACUGA